AUGGCUUUCCAUUAUUAUUCCAUUGCAGUCGCGGUCACAGUCACAGAAGAUAAGGCAGGUCAGCCAAGGUAUAUGCCAGUAGUACUUGCCUAUUUCAGGAGGCAGGAUAUAGACAAUCCCAACGUGGCUCCUGCCCAAGACGUACAACCACAUGUUGCAAAGCCUCAAUUCGCGAAAGCCUGCUAUUUAAUGGACAAGACACUUGCACAAUCAUCAACCAUGACUGUAAUACCAUCAACCAUGACUGCAACAUCGUCACUUUUGACUGUAGAAUCCUCAACCACGGGCGCAGAAUCAUCAGCUACAUCUACGCCUGUAGACAAACCUCGCUGCACGCACUAUAUCCCCUGCCAUUGUCCCUCGCUCCCCGAGUAUGCUUCUCCGCCGCUGGGAGAUGAAUCGUCUCCAUUAUGGCUGCAAAGACCUCAUAAAGAUGAAGACUAUAACAAGACCAUAAUUAAGCAUACGCAAAGCUCGCGUUAUCGACGGAUAGCGGCCGCCUGGCAUGAUGUGUGGUUGGCUAUUAAGAUUAGUCGUCCGCUAACACCACUUAAAGUACGAUCAUUCCGAUGGCUGAUAUCAGCUGACCUUAUUCCCCGGGGAUAUGAAGAUGGACAAGCGCCAUGGCGCAUGCUUAUACGGUCCUAUCUUACAGACCUCCCCUUUCAAUUAACUCAAGGAAACAUCAGUCGAAAGUCUGUAUUUUUAUGGCAAAACUUUCCAAGACAUCUAGGCCAACUGCAUAACCGCACAAAGCUUGAUAACGCACCUCCUGAGAUAACAUGCGGGAGACGAGCAGUUUUCUCCCAAUAUAACCGGGAUUAUAAUCAUAGCUUAAUUGGAGACUGGCUUGUUAUAGUCUACAUUUGGGCUACUAAUAAAACAUGGAUGGAGAGGACUGACUUUUUAGACUUAGUCUCUUAUGAUAGUGUGACUGGUAUUCGCGCUUGGGAAUUUGUUAAUGCAGUUGACGCUUUUACCAAGAUUCCACACCUAUUCUACCAAUAUAAAAUAAGGGACUCUAUAGAGCAGGAUGCCAUAUACGCUGGGCGCCCAUAUCAACACUAUAACUCUGUUCAGAUAAAGCCUGGAGACCCUGUACCGGCCAGACUCGCGGGGUUAAGAAGAUUAAUGAACGGGCGGUCAAGACAUUUGUAUUGUGCGACAUAUGAGUAUGAAACGUGUGAUGACAGGCACUCAUAA